CUUCGAGGAUGUGGCCAUCUACUUCUCUGAGAACGAAUGGAUCGGCCUGGGCCCUACUCAGAGGGCCCUGUACAGGGACGUGAUGCUGGAGAAUUAUGGGGCUGUGGCUUCCCUGGCAUUUCCAUUUCCCAAACCGGCUCUGAUUUCCCAGCUGGAGCAAGAAGAAGCACCGUGGUGCUCGACUUUUUGGGGAGCUGUGAAUGGAGAGGGCCUGAGUGGCAUCUCUUCAGGAUAUCCAUUUCUAAAGCCUGCGGGGGUCUCCCAUCUUGAACAGGUGGAAGAGUCAUUGAACCUGAAACUGCAAGGGAAGGGUCCAAGCCUAAUUUGUACUGAUGGUGUGUUGAAGAGGGAGAAAGAAGAUUUUAUUUUGAAGGAGGACAUUUUAAAGGAAGCACAGGACCUCAUGGUGCUAUCAAGUGGACCUCAGUGGUGUAGCUCACAGAAAUUCUGGUUUGGAAAAAACUGUGAUGAGAAAAGUAGGUUAGGGAGAUGGCCUGGCUACCUUACUGGGGAAAGUAUGGAGAAUACUACAAAUGAUAUUAUAGAAGUGAUUGUUAAGGAUGAGAUGAUCUCAGUAGAAGAGAGUUCAGAGAAUACUGAUGUCAAUAACCACCUUCGUAUACAUCAGAAAAUUUUAAAUGAGCGGAUAUUCUAUAUAUGUGAAGAAUGUGGCAGGUGUUUUGAUCAAAAUGAAAACUUUGAUCAACACCAGAAAACUCAUAAUGGAGAGAAGGUCUAUGGAUGUAAGGAAUGUGGGAAGGCUUUCAGUUUUAGAUCACAUUGCAUUGCACAUCAGAGAAUUCAUAGUGGGGUAAAACCUUAUGAAUGUAAAGAAUGUGCUAAAGCCUUUGUUUGGAAGUCAAACCUGAUUCGUCACCAGAAAAUACAUACUGGAGAGAAACCCUUUGAAUGUAAAGAAUGUGGGAAGGGCUUUAGUCAAAACACAAGUCUUAUACAACAUCAACGAAUUCACACUGGGGAGAAACCAUACACAUGUAAAGAAUGUGGGAAAAGCUUUACUCGAAACCCUACUCUUCUUCGACAUCAGAGAAUACACACUGGGGAGAAGCCUUAUGAAUGUAAGGACUGUGGGAAAGGCUUUAUGUGGAACUCAGAUCUUGCUCAGCACCAGAGGGUUCACACUGGGGAGAAGCCUCAUGAAUGUACUGACUGUGGGAAAAGCUUCAUUUGCAAGGCCCACCUUAUCCGACAUCAAAGAAUCCAUACUGGGGAAAGACCCUAUAAGUGUAAUGAUUGUGGAAAGGCCUUCAGUCAGAAUUCUGUCUUAAUUAAGCACCAGAGGCGUCAUGCUAGGGAGCAACCCUGUAACUAUCAGACCUCUCAUUUUUUUGAUCAGUAG